GCGAGUGGGGCGUGACCUAGUGUUGAUGGGGCGUGUUUUGUUUCUGAAUAGGCGGGGUCUCAUUGUGUGUCAUGUCUGCUGUCUUUCUUUCUUCUGCUGCUGUUUUUCUUUGUGCCACGUUGAUCGCGCUAUCAUCAGUCCGCAGCGCUCUGGAACACACAGACGUCAGUGGAUGUUGACGGCCGCAGCUCUAAUGCAGCAGGACUGCGAGUGACUACAGCAGCGCAGCAUCAGGCAUGACACGUCGACCAGCGAGUUGGUUGCAUUGUGCGUUGAUGACCCCCGCUGUGUAGCUGCCUCCCCCUCCCCCCUCUCCUCUUUCUCUCUCUCUCCAUCACAGCUCCUGCAUCAGCCAUGUUUGGCACCGAAUCCUCAUUGAGCAUGUUCCUCAACACUUUGACCCCCAAAUUUUAUGUGGCAUUGACGGGCACCUCAUCCCUCAUUUCAGGACUCAUACUGAUCUUUGAGUGGUGGUAUUUCAGGAAGUAUGGGACAUCAUUCAUUGAGCAGGUGUCUGUCAGUCACCUCCGUCCUCUCUUAGGUGGAGUUGAUAACAGUUCUCCAAACAACUCCAAUACCAGUAAUGGAGACACAGACUCCAACAGACAGAGUGUUUCAGAGUGUAAGGUUUGGAGAAAUCCACUCAAUCUGUUCAGAGGAGCUGAAUAUAAUCGGUACACAUGGGUCACAGGUCGAGAGCCGCUCACAUACUAUGACAUGAAUCUGUCAGCACAAGAUCAUCAGACAUUCUUCACAUGUGAUUCUGAUCAUCUGAGGCCUGCAGAUGCCAUAAUGCAGAAGGCCUGGAGAGAGCGCAAUCCACAGGCUCGAAUCACAGCCGCCCAUGAAGCUCUAGAUCUGGAAGAUUGUGCGACUGCAUAUAUUCUUCUAGCUGAAGAAGAAGCCACAACUAUAGUGGAGGCAGAAAAACUCUUCAAACAGGCACUGAAGGUUGGCGAGAGCUGCUACCGACGCAGUCAACAACUUCAACACCACGGAGCACAGUAUGAAGCUCAACACAGAAGGGACACAAAUGUAUUAGUUUACAUCAAGAGAAGACUUGCCAUGUGUUCUAGAAAACUUGGCAGAACACGAGAAGCUGUUAAGAUGAUGAGAGACUUAAUGAAGGAGUUUCCACUGCUCAGCAUGUUCAACAUUCAUGAGAAUCUGCUGGAGUCUCUUCUGGAGCUACAGAACUAUGCUGAUGUGCAGGCAGUGCUCGCCAAGUAUGACGACAUCAGUUUGCCAAAGUCUGCAACCAUCUGCUACACCGCAGCACUUCUCAAAGCCAGAGCAGUGUCUGAUAAGUUUUCACCAGAGGCGGCGUCUCGGCGAGGUUUGAGCACAGCAGAAAUGAAUGCAGUUGAAGCCAUACACAGAGCAGUGGAGUUUAACCCACACGUUCCCAAAUACCUCUUAGAGAUGAAGAGUUUGAUAUUGCCUCCAGAGCACAUUCUCAAGCGAGGAGACAGUGAAGCCAUAGCAUAUGCAUUCUUCCACCUGCAGCACUGGAAGAGGGUGGAGGGCGCGCUCAACCUUCUCCACUGCACCUGGGAGGGAACCUUUAGAAUGAUUCCAUAUCCUCUGGAGAAAGGACACCUGUUUUAUCCAUAUCCCGUCUGUACAGAGACUGCCGACAGAGAACUUCUACCAACAGUGUUCCACGAGGUGUCAGUGUAUCCUAAGAAAGAGCUGCCAUUCUUCAUCCUCUUCACCGCUGGUCUCUGCUCCUUUACUGCGAUGUUGGCGCUCCUCACACAUCAGUUCCCGGAGCUCAUGGGAGUUUUUGCUAAAGCUUUCUUGAGCACACUGUUUGCACCCCUGAACUUCAUCAUGGAGAAGGUUGAGAGUAUUCUGCCCUCGAGUCUAUGGCACCAACUCACCCGGAUCUGAUCGUGUGGAUAUCAUCUGAUAUUGACUGAGGUGCCAAGUUCUUCUGAAGUGCCCAUAGCCAGCAAACAACAGUUACAGAACAAUAAAUACAUCAGAAUGAAGGGGAUUUAUUUUUCCUGCCAAUCUCAUGUAAACCUUUCUGUUUAAAAGGCCAUCAGUAUAUAAAAGAAAAAAUAAAACAUUUUCUGUACUGCUGCAAAA